ACGUUUUGGAAACCAAUUCCUCUCUUGACGGUUUCGUUCUAACGAGUUCGCAACUGGCUACGAACCAUAGAACCCCAUCGUGGCAUCAGCAAAAGCCUAGCUAAAUCCAGAAACUCAGGCACGCUCGAGUCACAGGUGUCUUUAGCGUGGGCCGGGGCAGCUCCUAUUGCAGAAGGUCGCUGCUGGAGCCGCCUUGGAGUCGCCGCGCCUGCGCGUCCUGCUCCUCCUCCCUGCCACGGGGCGGCCUCUCCGCGCCUCCUAGGCGCCUCCGAGCGGGAGUCCCAUUCUCGCCGCGCCUCCCGUUCUCUCCGCGCCUCCCGUUCUCUCCGCCCUUCCCGCGUUCUCCACUCCCACGGUUUUCCUCCCGCGCGCCACACACCGCCGCCCGUGCGGCAGCCAGCGGCGGCGAAGAGCCGGUAGCUUUAGCCGGUAGCUUUAGCCGGUAGCUUUGGGGCGGCAGGCGGGCGCGCGAGGGUGGCGGGAUGGGGCGGCCGAAGCAGAAGAAGGCGCAGCUGAAGCGGGGCAGGCGGAACGCCAGGCCGGCAGACGCGGCGCGCGCACUCCAGGAUGAUGGCGCCUCGCCGCUGGCGCUCGGGGCGGACGGCGGCGCGACGGAGGUCGGCGGCGGCAGCAACGCGCUCAUCAUCGCGCCGUCGGCGCGCGGCGGGCGCGAGCAGCGGCGCGAGCGGACGGAAGGGACACAAGCUGACUCGGAUUCUGACGCUGACGUGGCUGCUGACGUGGCGCUGGACAACGAUGACGUGGAGAUGGUGGACGAGCGCAAGAAGCGGCGCAACAGCAAGCGGCUGCAGAGGAAAAUGCGGCGCAUCCAGGAGGAGAAGGAGAAGAAGGUGAAGCGCCGGCACGCCAUGCACCUGCUGCAGCAGCACGAGGCGUCGCCCACAGCGCUGCACCUCAUGGCGCCCAGCAGCACGCUGGGGCAGAGCGGCAGCACCAAAGCCAAGGUGCAACGCGCAAUGGCGUUUGUCAAAGCCGGACUGACACCCCCCCCUGAGCUGCAGACACUGCUGCUGCGGGAGAGACGCGGAGGGGCGAGAGAGGAGAGCGCGGUGGAUGGUGAGGAGAGUGAGGAGGAGGGGAAUGGUGGGUUGGCGUGGAAAGAAGAGAGGGGAAGAGGGAGGAGUGGGGAGGAAGGUGGGGAAGGGAGAGGGGUGGGUGAGGGGAGUAGAGAGGCGGCAGGGAAGGACGAGGACGAACAGGAGGGCGAAUUGCAGAUGGCCAAGGCUGGGACGGCGGACGGUGGUGCGGCUGUGAGAGAGGCCAGGCAGAGCAGCCGGGAGUACAGGGAGAGACACAAGGAGGACGCAAGAGAGGAGGGGGAGGUCAGUGAUGAUGGUGAGGAGGAGGGGGGAGGGGAGGAGGAGGAGGGAGGGGAGGAGGAGGAGGAGGGAGGUGAGGAAGAGGAUGAAAGGGAGGAGUGUGAGGAAGUGAGGAAGGAGGCCGAGGGGCAGGAGGAUCGAGGUGGAGCGAUGAGCCACCAGAGAAUGGCGGCCAGCCAGGAUAGCCAGCAGCAAGGCGUGAAGGGCCACCAGGAGGGGAUGGAGGAAGCUGCGAGGAAGGAGGAGAGUCUCAAGGAUGACGUCAUCAUGAGUGAAUGCUGUAGGGGUGAAGGGCAGCAGCAGCAGCAGCAGGCACAGGCAGGGCGGGCAGAGGAGGGAAGGCUGGGAGGGGAGAAUGGGGAGGGAGAGGAGGGAGGGGCAGGAGGGGCGGGAGGGGUUGGUGGUGCGAGGGGCGAGGAGGAGGGCAAGGCAGGGCGGGGCGGCAAGCUGUGGGUGCACGUGCAGCGGCGCGCCGAGAUAGAGGCGCAGCGCGGGGGGCUGCCGGUGGUGGCGAUGGAGGCGGACAUCAUGGAGGCCGUGGCGGCGAGCAGCGCCGUCAUCGUGUGCGGGGAGACGGGCUCGGGCAAGACCACGCAAGUGCCGCAGUUCCUCUACGAGGCUGGCUUCGGCUCCUCCCUGCCAGGCGGCACGCCAGGAAUGAUAGGCGUGACGCAGCCGCGCAGAGUGGCGGUGCUGGCAACGGCCAAGCGCAUCGCAGACGAGAUGGGGGUCACUGUGGGCCGCGAGGUGGGCUACCAGGUGCGCUACGACCGCCACGUGGCGGCCGGCCCUGGCGGCACGGGCGGCACAGCGAUAAAGAUCAUGACAGACGGCAUUUUGCUGCGCGAGGUGCAGGCGGACGUGCUCUUGAGGAGGUACAGCGCGGUGAUCCUGGACGAGGCGCACGAGCGCAGCGUCAACACCGACAUCCUCAUCGGGCUGCUCUCAUGCAUCGUGCCGCUCCGACAGAAGCUCUACAACGAAGCCAAGAGCAGCAAGCACCCCUCCUCCGCGCCCCUGCCGCCCCCCCUGAAGCUGAUCAUAAUGAGCGCCACGCUGCGCGUCCAAGACUUCACCCUCAACCCGCGCCUCUUCCCCUCGGGCCCGCCGCCCGUGGUCUCCGUGCCCGCGCGCCAGUUCCCCGUCACCGUGCACUUCGCCCGCCGCACCGAGCUCGUGGACUACAUCCGGGCAGCCGAAAAAAAGGUUUCGGCGAUCCACAGGCGGCUGCCCGCCGGAGGGGUUCUGGUGUUUCUGACCGGGCAGCGAGAGGCGGUGGCAGAAGGGGUAGUGGAUGAGAGCGACGAUGACUACGAGGAGGAGGAGGAAGAUGAGGAGGAGGAGUGGGAGACGUGGGGAUUGCUAGGGGGAGAGCAGGGGGAGUUGCAGGCGGGAGAGGGAGCGGGUGAUGGAGCACAGUCGAGCGGCGCUGCUGCUGCUCAUGCCUCAAAGGAGGCAGCCAGCAAUCAGAGCCCCUGGGAGGGUGUGGCGCCGCUCUCGCAGCUGCUGCACGCCGCGGGCAGCACGGGUGCUGGCGGGCGGGCAGGUGCAGAAGCAGCAGGAGGGGGAGGCAGGAUGGCGGAUGAGGGGGGUAAUGGGGGGGCGGGGGGAGAGCAGGCGGAGGGGGCAAGGGCUGAUGGGACGAAUGGAGAAGAAGGGAGCGAGAGGGGCAAGCAAGGGGCAGGUGCCGUGGAUGGGCAGCAGGGGCAGCAGGGGCAGCAGGGGCCGGGCGGCAUGUAUGUGCUGCCGCUGUAUGCGAUGCUGCCAGCAGCGCAGCAGCUGAAGGUGUUCGGUGCGGUGCCCGAGGGGUGCCGCUUGGUGGUGGUUGCCACCAACGUGGCUGAGACCUCCAUCACCAUCCCAGGCAUCCGCUACGUGGUGGACAGCGGGCGGGCCAAGGUCAAGCACCACGCAGUGGGGUCAGGCUUGGCGCGCUUCACAGUGGAGUGGAUCUCCCGGGCCUCCGCAGACCAGCGCGCAGGCAGGGCGGGGCGCACAGGGCCGGGGCACUGCUACCGGUUGUACUCGAGCGCGCUGUUUGGCAACGAGCUGGAGGCGUUCGGGCGGGCGGAGAUAGAGCGGACGCCGAUAGAAGGGGUGGCGCUGCAGAUGAAGGCCAUGGGCAUCGAUAAGGUUCUCAACUUCCCCUUCCCCACGCCCCCCGACCCGCACUCCCUCGCCUCCGCCCUGCGCUGCCUGCAACACCUCUCCGCCCUCUCCCCCUCCGCCUCCCCUUCCCUCCCCUCGCCCUCCCCCUCUCUCUCCUCGCCCUCCAUCACCCCUCUGGGCCGCGCCAUGGCGUGUCUGCCAAUCAGCCCCCGCCACGCGCGCACCCUGCUUGCGGUCCUGGUAGAAGCUGCCAGGAAGGUUCCUGUGGCGGAUCUGAUGGGUGGCAGAGAGGGGAGUGAGGAGCGGGAUGAGGAGGAGGAGGUGGGGCGGGUGAGUGCAGUGGUGGUGCGGUAUGCCAUCGCCGUGGUGGCGGCCAUGAGUGUGGACAGCCCCUUUCUCCGUGACCAGGGAGGCACGGCGGGCCAAGGCGAAGGGGGAGGGGGGAGGAAAGGUGAGGGGGAGGACGGCAAGGGUGGAGGCGAGGGAGAGGCGAGGGCAGGUGAGGGCGGGAAGGGCAGUGGCGCCAGCAUGGAUGGUGGAGCCAAGCAGGGUGCACCAGGCGCAAGUGCCUCGCCUGGCUGUGCGUUGUCGCGACGUGCGGCACAUGCGGUGUUUUGGAGCCGCAACAGCGACGCCAUCACGGCCGCCAACGCACUCCGAGCGUACGACGCUGCUGUCAGAGGCACGAGGGGCAGGGGGGGGCGCGCAGCACAGGCGGCCGGGGCGGAGGGCAGCAAGAGCAGGGCGGGCGCAGGGGGGUUUGGAGGAGCGGGCGAGCGGUUCUGCCGGCGGUUCUUCCUGCAUGAGCGCAGCAUGCGCGAGAUGUCGCAGCUGGCGCAGCAGCUGUCGCGCGUCCUCGUAUCGGGCCAGCGCGCCCACGUGCUCCAGUCCUUCCUCUCCCUCGCCCUCUCCUCCCCCACCCGCCCUGCCGCGCCUGUCCCUCUCACUCUCCUGGUGGAGCGAGGGGAGGAGCUGUGGGCGGGGAGGGAGAGGGGCGUGGAGGGGCGGGUGGAGCCGGGGUUGAGGGAGUGGGAGGAGGGGCUGUUGAGGCGGGGGCUGGCUGCGGGCUGGGCGGACCGCAUGGCCCGCAAGCUGGCACCGGGCGACAAACCUGCAGCAAGUGCUACAGCUGCUGCUCACAACCUACCGAAACGUGCCGUGCAGUACGAGACACUGUUCAUGGACGAGCCCGUCCUCCUCCACCCGCGCAGCGCCGUGUUCCGCUUGGCCCCUCCCCUGGUGCUGUUCAACGAGGUGGUGCAGACUGACACGCGCCCCUUCCUCGUUGGCACCACCGCCGUCGACCCCGCCUGUCUGCCCGCCUGCUGCCCCGCGCUCUGCUCGCUCUCCAAGCCGCUGUCCGACCCGCCCCCGCGCUACCACCCGCCCUCGGACCGCAUCCUGGCGUCCGUCUCCGCUGUGUACGGCCCCAAGCGCUGGGCGCUGCCGCCGUGCACCGUGGACCUGGAGGGGGGCAGGGAGCGCGUUGCCGUGUUCGCGUGCGCGCUGCUGCAGGGGCACGUGCUGGCAGCCGUGAAGCGGUUACAUGGGGUGCUGGCUGGUAACCCUGCGAGCUUGCUGCGGCCAGAGGGGCUGGCUCAGAGGCGGGCGGCUGACCUGGUGCAUAAGCUGCUGGCGGGGGUGAGGGGGGGGAGGGGGAAAGGGGGGAGGAAUGGGAGUGGUGGUGGUGAGGGAGAGGGGGGUGUGAGGGGACCUGUUGACAGUAAGGCGAAGCUGAGGGCUGCUUGGGAGUGUGACAGUGAGUUUUUGAAGGCGGAGGUGAGGAUGUGGGUGCGAGCAGGGCAGGAGGGGGUGGUUGAUGGGUUGUGGCCGGAGAUUGUGAAGGAAGUGGCUGUUGGAGGCAAGAAGAUGGAAGCAAGGAGAUUCAUGUAGUCAAGUCAUGUGACAAAAAUGUAGUCUGUAACAUUUGACAUCUGGUGGUUUGGAAGAUGUAUAGGUUGAAGUGUGCAAUUCACCAUGAAUAAAGAAAUACCAUGAAU